AGACACCGCAAAGCCAAGAGCCGUAUCGCGAACCGCUCCUCCGCGCCCGCGCCGCCGGUACCAACCCGCCGAGCGCAUCCCAGGCCCAGGAAAGGGCAAAGACUCGCCGAGGCUGCAGUCGCCGCCGCUCAGGGUUCCCCUCGGCCCGUGCCACACCGCGGGGCUACAGCGGCUUUCACCGGGCUACCGCUUAGCCCCGAGGAGACCCCCGGUCCCGGCCCAGCGCGGUCCCCGCAGCCAGCGGCGGCCUGGCCCGGCCACAGGCAGCUCAACCUCCCGCUCCACCCCCGCUCCCACAUCGCCCCCAGGGCCUCAUCGCCACCUCCCUGAGGGCGCUGGGCCGGGCCCAUAAGCCCGGCACAGCCACCCGAGGGCGGAUGGCGGCGGAUGGCGCCCACCGGGCCCCGGCCCUGCCCGCAGCCGCUCCGCCAUUCUCACCUUCCGGGAUGGAAAAGGAACUCACAUCCGGGUACAAGCGGCCUAAAGGGAACGUGGCGUCUGGCGUCACCGCGCCGCCCGCAGGGCACGCUGGGACUUGUAGUCCCGGCGGAUCCGGCGCGAUCCCCGGUCACCCGUGGAGGGAACACCGGCCUCCGGCACUCCGGCCCGGGGGGGCUGCGUGGGCGGCCGGCGGCUCCGCAAGCGGGGCUCGGGGCACGGCGGAGAUGGUUUCAUCCGAAUAUUACUGGGGUGGAGGCAGAAAACCUGCUGUUGACAAGAGGAGUGGAUGGCAGUUUUUUGGCACGGCCCAGCAAAAGUAACCCGGGAGACUUUACACUCUCUGUUAGACGAACUGGAGCUGUCACCCACAUCAAGAUCCAGAACACAGGAGACUACUAUGACCUCUAUGGAGGAGAGAAGUUUGCUACUUUGGCUGAGUUAGUCCAGUAUUAUAUGGAACAUCAUGGACAGCUCAAGGAAAAGAAUGGAGAUGUUAUAGAGUUGAAAUAUCCACUGAACUGUGCUGAUCCUACAUCUGAAAGGUGGUUUCAUGGGCAUCUGUCUGGAAGAGAAGCUGAAAAACUAUUAACAGAAAAAGGAAAACAUGGAAGCUUUCUUGUACGUGAGAGUCAAAGCCACCCUGGGGACUUUGUUCUUUCUGUCCGGACAGGAGACGAUAAAGGAGAGAGUAAUGAUGGGAAAUCUAAAGUGACACAUGUCAUGAUUCACUGCCAGGAUCUAAAAUACGAUGUUGGUGGAGGGGAAAAAUUUGACUCUCUGACAGAUCUAGUGGAACAUUACAAGAAGAACCCUAUGGUAGAAACUUUGGGAACAGUAUUGCAACUCAAGCAGCCUCUGAAUACUACUCGUAUUAAUGCUGCAGAGAUUGAAAGCAGAGUGCGAGAGCUAAGCAAGCUAGCAGAGACUACAGAUAAAGUCAAACAGGGCUUCUGGGAAGAAUUUGAGACUUUACAGCAGCAAGAAUGCAAACUUCUCUAUAGUCGUAAAGAAGGCCAGCGUCAAGAAAACAAAAACAAAAAUAGAUACAAAAACAUUUUACCCUUUGAUCAUACCAGAGUUGUUUUACAUGAUGGUGAUCCAAAUGAACCUGUUUCAGACUAUAUCAAUGCUAAUAUUAUUAUGCCUGAGUUUGAAACCAAGUGCAACAACUCAAAGCCAAAAAAAAGCUACAUUGCUACUCAGGGUUGCCUACAGAACACAGUGAAUGAUUUCUGGAGGAUGGUGUUCCAGGAGAAUUCUCGAGUUAUUGUUAUGACAACAAAAGAAGUUGAAAGAGGAAAGAGUAAGUGUGUCAAGUACUGGCCUGAUGAAUAUUCCCUAAAGGAGUAUGGUGUUAUGCGGGUUAGGAAUGUUAAGGAGAGUGCAGCACACGAUUACACGCUAAGAGAACUUAAACUUUCUAAAGUUGGACAAGGGAACACAGAGAGAACGGUCUGGCAAUACCACUUCAGAACUUGGCCUGAUCAUGGAGUCCCAAGUGACCCUGGUGGUGUACUAGACUUUCUGGAGGAGGUGCACCAUAAGCAGGAGAGCAUUUCUGAUGCGGGACCAGUUGUGGUCCACUGCAGUGCUGGGAUUGGGCGAACAGGAACUUUCAUUGUGAUUGAUAUUCUUAUUGACAUAAUCAGAGAAAAAGGUGUGGACUGUGAUAUUGAUGUUCCGAAGACCAUUCAGAUGGUGAGGUCACAACGGUCAGGAAUGGUUCAGACAGAAGCACAGUACAGAUUUAUUUACAUGGCAGUACAGCACUACAUUGAAACGCUACAGCGCAGAAUUGAAGAGGAGCAGAAGAGUAAGAGAAAAGGUCACGAAUACACAAACAUUAAAUAUUCUUUAUCGGACCAGACAAGUGGGGAUCAGAGCCCUCUUCCACCCUGUACCCCAACCCCAACGUGUCCAGAAAUGAGAGAAGAUAGUGCUAGAGUAUAUGAAAAUGUGGGGCUGAUGCAACAGCAGAAAAGUUUCAGAUGAGAUGGUGUACAGAGACUUCCGUGCAAAGGCAGAAAUGAAUAUGUUUUUUAAAAAGGUCAAGAAAGAGAUGGAAGAAGCUUCACAUGAACGGUGAACUCUGAGGGCUUGGUACCUUUUUAUUUACGGUUUUAAUCCUUCAACAGUAGGCAAAACUCAAGACCAUCUAAAGGUUGUUUAUAUCUCUUCUCUCCAAUGCCUGAUUUACAAUUGCUCAUUUUCCAAAUAAAAGGAAAUCCUUUCUACAAUGUAGACAACUACUUUGUAGAGUCAGUUUUGAAUCCUGCAAACUGUUGGACUGUUAUCCAUUUGUUUUUUAAAUAGUAUUUUUGUUUCACAGUAUGGCUAUUAGGGUUUUUUUUUUUUCCUUAUUUGAGCAGUUGUGGGAUGUUUUGGUUGGUUGGUUGUUUUUUUUUGGGAGGGGGGUGGGAUGGGCGGUGGUGGGAGAGCAAUGAUAUGGAUAAAUCCGUUACACUAAUGUAAAAUACUGAUGGGAACAAUACUUGAUUGUUUGAAAACAGUGGAUCACCAGUGUGAAUAGAAUCAGCUACGUGAUAAAAUUAGUCCUAAUACAUUUCAAACUCAGACUGAGUUUCAUAGGGGGUGAGCAGUUAUUGAUAUGAAGGUGCUUUUUGUGAUAACUGAUGGCUUUGAUUACAACUUAGCUGAGUGGCUGGAUAGGCUAUUGUUGGGUAAUUAUGCAAGGUAGCCUUUACAUCAAACAAAAUUUCUUUUACAUGAUAACUACCCAAAAUAGAAAUUUACUGUAUCUCUCAAAAGACACGGUGGCCUAGCAGUUUGUGAGGACACUGUCAAUGUUAUUUUGUCUGUGUUUGUCUAUUAAGCAAGAGAUUGAACAUGUAGAGUUAAGGUAUUUUAAAAAGUUGCAUGGUGACACCUUGACAACAUAUUAAAAGCAGUGAAACAAUUAACCCACUGUGCAGGCAGUUACCUUAGUAUAAGGUAACCCUCUUCCCCUUCUGCUGGGGAGGUGGAAGCUGUUGAGCCUUCUGAUUUUUUUUUUUUUUAGUAAGGCCUUAUGCUAGUGCAAGUGGCUAAAUUAAAGUUGUGCGGGGAAAGCAGUGCAUGGAAGCUAGCUCUCCACUCAGAUUGCCUUAGUGGGAAAGGGCAGCACGGGCAGCAGGCUUGUUCUGGUUUGCUUCAUCAGGCAGGAGUUGGUUACCAUUCUACCUGAAGUGCCUUUCAGAGCUGCGCUGAAUUUGCUGUCCCUAUUCGAUUACAAAAUCACGUUCACCUGGAACCACUUCUGAUUGUUGUCACUGAGACAAAGUCCUCUUCUAGAGACUCUAGAACGAAGAACUGCUGUUAAGCUGCCAGUUAAUUGGGUUUCUUCACUUUGCUCUGUCCAAUUAUCUGGACCAGAAGCUCCCCUCGAAGCUGAUAGCAGCUGCAUGUGUGCGUCAAUGGCAGAAUUGGUCCCUAGGAGCGGGUACCGGUCGUGUCUUACCAAUGUCUUUCCCCAUGUUUCUGGGGAAGUUCUGUGACUUAAGUGGUGUUAAGGAAUGAUUGCCAUUUUCAUAAAGCAGGUGCAGAUGGUGAACGCUGCAUUAAAUUGCUGUAUGCAAGGGUGCAGGGCCAAUGGAAUUGUGUUACUGGCCUUACUAGUGAAAUUAUGCUAAAGCCUGGAAUGUAAUUAAUGCAGCUUUGUGAAAGGUUAAGUGGGAGAUUACAUUACCUUUUCCUGAGUGCUUAGCGAAAUCAAAUAUUUGAACACUUUGUUUGAACUGAAUGAAGGUGCUUCGUUAAUGUUAAGCAGAAUGUUGUUACUUUGCCUAUUGUCCUUUUUGUCUUCUGGGGCUUUGGGCUGUUUUUUUAUUGGUGGUGUUUUGUUUUUUUUUUUUGUUGUGUUUUGGGGUUUUUUUGUUGGUUUUUUUUUUUUUUUUGGAAAACCUGUCACCAGCAUACCAUAAUACAUGUUUUAAUGUCAUAGCCUUAUACUCUAGUUAUAAAUAGUUGUGCCCUUUUUAGAUCUAAAAUUUCUAGUAAUGAUGAGAGAGAAAUCUGUUCAUUUGGUAGUGAGAUGCCUCUUCUACAUUGCCUGCUUCCUAUCCCUAUUUACAGCUUCAUCCUGCUGAACAGGGAUCGGUUAUAAGUAUUGGUAUUUGUAUAGAGCAAUUGACAGCAAUUAAAUAUUUGUCUAAAACUUUGUGCAAAGUUAGACAAAUUCUACACUUCAUAUGUUAUAGCAAGGUGGAACACGUGUUCAGGUUUGGAGCUAUUCUGUGCCAAACUGAAAGGUCAGGGAAAAAGUCAAGAGAAAUGAGAGAAGGAUCCUGAAUGAAUCUGAACUCUGUUAUGAACUCAGUUAAUGUGAUGUGUCUUAAAAGAUUGACCUGUAUAAGCAGCAAUCAGUUAAAUGGCCAACAUAAAGUUGCCUCUUAGGACUUCAUUUUAGCUGUUUAGAACCUGCCACUGUAGGAUUUUUUUUUUUUCCUUUUUCUUGAAACCAGGGAAUUAUUACUGCAGAAUGUGUAUUAAUCCGGGGGAGCAUAUGGUGGAAGAAUGUCAGUGAGGGGGGAACAGAAUCUGAAAGAUUGUGAAUAAAUACCCCUCUCCUAACUGGAGUGUUAGGCCCUGCUGAAUACCAAAGGGGAGACCUUGCAAAAUAAAAUCUGUCUGCCUUUCAUGUACCAGCAAGAGAGGGACGAUUCUUAAAACAUUUUUUACAUUAUUUUAAACAAUGACUGGGGUUUAUGACAGAUGAAGCAAGAAAGAGGAAUGCCCUUUGGUACAGGGAAAAUAAGUGAAUGUGGGUUUCGUGUAUUUCUAGUGAGUUUUUAGAGAAUAAAUUUUAAGCAUUGAUUUACAAGCUUUUGCUGUAUCAAUGGAAUGGAAAAGGGAUGCAGUUCUGAAGUGUUCUGUUGUAGAAGACUUUAUACCACAAGGGAAACUUUAACCCAACUCCUAAGGCACAAUAAUUUAUACCAGCAUGAAUUUGCUGCAGACUUCAUUUAUUGAAUGUUUUAUAGGAUACACUUUAAUUUCAUCUAACUGUUGUUAGGACUGAUUGGUUCUCCUAUUAAUCUUGACCAAACUUUACUUUUUCCUCUUAAGAUAUGUGUUUGAAACAUGUUUAACAAGGAUAUGGCUAACAAAGUUAUAAAACUUGUUUCCUUUUUGUUGUAGGGAUGGGAAAAAUCACAGCUGGUACUAGGAUGUGUUGUCAGGUUUUGAUUUUCUACCCAUAACUUCAUUAUUUCAAAUUAAUUUUUAAUUUUUCCCUUUUAAAUAGUGAAACGUAAUUAAUAAUUUCAAGUCUGUUUAUUUAUGACAUUAUUGUGAUUUUUUUUUUUUUAUUGCAGUACUAAAGACUAAUGAAAAAGAAACCUCUUAUUAGGUGGAGUAGACCUUGCAUUUAUUUUUUUUUCCUGCAAUGUAUGAAGUAUUGUACUAGAGUAUUAAAUGAAAUGUAAUAUUUUAUUGAAAAAUCUCUAUCCUUUAAAAGGAAUACAUUUAGGAUGUCAUCAAUUUGAUGUGAAUCAUGUAAAUGUUGAUAAUGCGCUGUUUAUUAUACAUCUAGUGUUUCAGAAGACUCACUUAUUGCCUUUUGCCCACAUACAUUCUGUAGACCAUUUACAGUUGUCAAAAUGUGACAUUAAAAUAAUAGUUCAUGUAUAGAAA